GGAGCCGCGUCGCGAGGUCGCCCACGCUCUCUUCUCCCCGCCCCGCAGGCCCCGGGGACGGGCAGCAUUCAGUAUCUGGCGCCCGUGCGUGAUGACGCACUUGCGCGCCAAGACGUGGGGACGCAGGCGGGGGCCGUAGAGAGCGUUUGGCUGCCUAUAUAUCUUUCCCAAUUCCUAAAACCCAACCGCGUUUUCUCAGCACUGGUUUGAUAUCCAACUAUGCAGCGGAGAUCAAGGGGAAUUAACGCUGGACUUAUUCUGCUCCUCUCUCAAAUCUUCCAUGUUGGGAUCAGCAAUAUUCCACCUGUCACCCUCGCAACUUUGGUUCUCAACAUCUGGUUCUUCUUGAAUCCUCUGAAACCACUGUUCGAGUCCUGCCUUAGCGUGGAGAAGUGUUACCAGCAAAAAGACUGGCAGCGCAUACUGCUUUCUCCUAUUCACCACGCAGACGACUGGCAUUUGUAUUUCAACAUGGCAUCCAUGCUCUGGAAAGGAAUACAUCUGGAAAGAAGACUAGGCAGUCGAUGGUUUGCCUAUGUCAUCGUCACAUUCUCCUUGCUCACUGGAGUGCUGUACCUGUUCUUGGAAUUUGCUCUUGCAGAAUUUUUGGAUGAACCUGACUUCAGAAGGAACUGUGCUGUAGGUUUCUCAGGAGUUUUGUUUGCUUUGAAAGUUCUUAACAACCAUUAUUGCCCUGGAGGUUUUGCCAACAUUUUGGGCUUUCCUGUACCCAACAGAUUGGCUUGUUGGGCAGAACUUCUGGCUAUUCAUUUCCUCUCGCCAGGGACUUCCUUUGCUGGGCAUCUGGCCGGGAUUCUUGUUGGACUGAUGUACACUCAUGGGCCUCUGAAGAAAAUCAUGAAAAAAUGUGCAGGCAUUUUUUCUUCCAAUAUGCAUUAUCCCGGACAGCAGUACCACGUUAAUAAUUCAGGCUACUCCAGAUAUCAGGAUUCUUACCAGUAUGGAUGGGCAGCCUACUCUGAAGAAACACCCAGGAACUAUGAUGCCUACACAGCAGGACUGAGUGAGGAGGAACAACUGGAGAGAGCAUUAAGAGCCAGCCUCUGGGACCGAGGCUUCCUGGCCAGCACUCCUCCAGGUCAUCAAGGUAGGAAGCCAGAAAAGAUGGGAGAAGCUGCCACAGACCAGAAGAGGCUAAGAAGACAUGGUCGACCAGGGACCAGCAGGCCAAGCCCCCCGCCCUACGGGUUCCGUCUCUCAGCAGAAGAAGAAAUGAGAAGGCAGCGGCUUCGCAGAUUUGACCACCAGUGAGGGGCCCGCUUGCGGGAUUACGACCCGUGUGGUUCUUUCCCCGAGCCUGCCUCUGCACCGAAGCCCAGUGCAGCCUCCUCUGCCAUGGGCCUCACUCCGCCAUCCCGGGGACCCCGUGGGUCUCCGCGCACAGCCAUGUUGACUUGUCUGGAGAGCAGCCUUCUGGGUACAGCUCCCAGCUGUCCGGGGAGCGGCCCUUCUCCUGGCUCCUGCUCCCCGACAGGUAGAAGCGCAGUUCCACCUCGCAGCGACCCACCUCCACACGCCUCUCUCUCUCUCUCUCUCUCUCUCUCUCUCUCUCGGGCUGCUCACACAAUGGUGCCUCAGCCUCGUUCGGUCCCUAAAGACCGUGACUUUCACCGGCCUGGAAGAUCGGGCCCCCCAUCAAGGCCAGCAUGCCCCACGCUCGACCUGGCAGGAAGCGCGAAGCCAUCCCUGGGCCUCCUGACACGCUGCCAUGGUGACCUCCUGGGAACAGAGGUGGCCACCGUAAGGGGAUGUUGUUCUGGUCACCCCCCACCCAGGCGCCUCAGUUCCUUGUGCCCUUAUGCCUGGAUGGCAUUGACCUCGUCCCCCCUUGGCUCUUACGUGACUCUGCCUUUAUAGAAUGUUUGGCUAGAAAAGCUUGGGUAAGACCUCAGGUGGGGAAACCAGCCACACACUCUGCUCGAUGUCAGGUGGCAUCAGCAUUCUGGGCUUGCAGCAGCCCCGCCCACCAGCUGAGGACAGGGUAGGUUCCCAGAGCUCUGACCUGUGUUAUGAAGCAGCAGGAGCUAUAGGCAGAGGGAGGCAAAGUUGUCUGCUGGGCUGGUCAUGGAGAAGUCCCUCCGGAGGAGGUAUUUCUUUCUCCUAAAAGGUGCCUUUUAAACGGCCCUGGUAACAGCCAUGUGUCCUGUCCGGGCCCAGGACCACUGCAGCAUCAGAGACCAUGGGCCGCCCAUGUUACUCCUGGUGCUUGUAUUCCAUGAAUAAAAGGACAAAGAUACCUCUGAUGUCUUACUGUCGCUGAGAUAUUUGUGUUUAAAGAGCGUUGGAAAGAGAAAAGGAUCCUCCUACUUUCAUUUAUACGCCUAGCAUUUAUAUAUAGUUUUGUGAUAACAGAAGUAAUAUAUAUGCCUCUGUGUGCACAAAGCAAACAGAUACGCCCAUAUGUUAACAGAGGUUAUCUUUGGGGUUAGAGCACAUAGGAUUUUGCUUUAUGGUUUUUAUUGCAGUUUUUUCAAAUGUGUGUAUUUGUGUGUAUGUGUACUGCUUUUGGAAUCAGGAAGACUGAUUUAUGUGAUAAUAAAGCAAGAACUAUAUAAUCGGGAAAAUACACUUCAUAAGUACUAUGUCUCCACUGAGAAAAUUCACAAUAUAAAAAUACAAAUAAAUACACGUGCAGUGUUAAAAUCA